AUGAGCCUGCUGCACCUCCUCAUCCUGCUGGCUGUGUACACACCUGCACAUGGCACCUGGGACAACUGCAGAGGGACCUGUGGGCAACGGCCCAUGGCUUCUGACUUCAGCUCCAUAACUGCUGACUACAGAAUCAUGGCUGGCACAGGCGCCAUGCCAGGGGCCUGGCCCUGGAUUGUCAGCAUCCAGGACCCCAGGAAAAUUGGCACAGGCCACACGUGUGGAGGGUCCCUCAUCAGCCCACAGUGGGUCCUCACAGCAGCCCACUGCUUCCUCCAGGCCAGGAACGUCACCAAGUGGCGCGUGCUGAUCGGGGCCACCCAGCUGAGCCACCUGGGCCCCGAGGCUCAGGUGCGCCACGUCAAGAGGCUGCUGGCCCACCAGGAGUACACGGCUGACUCCCAGCAGAAUGACAUUGCCCUCCUGGAGCUGGACCAGCCCGUGGAGUGCAGUGACUACGUGCAGCUCGCCUGCGUGCCCAACGCCUCGCUCACCGUGUCCGAGCUGAAAAGCUGCUACAUCGCUGGCUGGGGUGGUGCCAGUGCUGAAGCCCAGGCUCCGAGUGAUGUCCUGCAGGAAGCCAAGGUCCGUCUCCUGGACGUGCGGCUGGUCAACAGCAGCCGCUGGUACGCGGGGGCCAUCCACACCCACAACCUGUGUGCUGGCUACCCACGGGGUGCCAUGGACACCUGCCAGGGUGACAGUGGAGGGCCUCUGGUGUGCAAAGAUAACCGUGCCAGCUACUUCUGGCUGGUUGGAGUGACCAGCUGGGGAAAGGGCUGUGCCAAAACGAAACGGCCGGGAGUCUACACCUCCACUCAGUACUUCUACAACUGGAUCCUGAUCCAGAUGGGCAUGUGCCCACCUAAAGCCUCAGGGCUGAAGAUUGGCCAGACUGAGGAGGAGCUCACAGCCAGGAGCAAGGACUGCUGA